UGGGUCGUCCCGGCCCUCUCAGCCUCUGCCCCCGGACCCAGAAGAUCUAGAAGGAGCCGCGGGGCCGUAGCCCUGCGCGCCCGCCAUGGGCCCGCGCCGGAGAAAGCCCGAAACACCAAGGAGGCGCCCCGCGAGCCCGGCUCCCGCUGCACGCCGGCCAGCCCCGUCCUUAGGCACGUCCUCCCGUUCACCUGCUCGCCGGAGAUAUAGAAUCCUGAAGGAGAUCCGAACUCUUCAGAAGACCACACACCUGCUGUUAAGAAAGACCCCCUUCUGCCGCCUGGCAAGAGAAAUAUGUGUUCAAUUCACUCGUGGUGUGGACUUCAAUUGGCAAGCCCAGGCCCUGUUGGCCCUACAAGAGGCAGCAGAAGCGUUUCUAGUUCAUCUCUUCGAGGAUGCCUAUCUCCUCUCCUUACACGCCGGCCGCGUCACGCUCUUCCCGAAGGAUGUGCAGCUGGCCCGGAGGAUCCGAGGCAUUCAGGAAGGGCUUGGCUGAGCUCUGGCCACCCGCCCAAGUCUCUGGUUGAUACCAGAGCCUCUGCCUGUAGCCAGGACCAGAUCCACGGAGUACAAGGUGUUGCCUGGACUUGCUCUCUUGAAGCAGAGCGUGUGAGUUGCUUUCGUAGUUUUUUUUUUUUUAGAAGAAGACUGCAUGGCUUUCCUCUGUAACAGAGGUAAUAUAUGAGAGAAGCAACACAUUCCAGAAAUCCUGAGAAUAAUUUUCAGAUGAAGAGACUCUAAGGUUGACUUCACUUUGCAAAUUAUUCAUGUGACUGAUGAUUUGGAAGACAUCAGAUUUUCUAGGUCAUGGGCAAAAAGGAUAUUCACUGAUUAUUUUAAAUCUUCUUGUACCAUUUAAAUUUUUUACCAUAUAUAUAUUUACUUUUAUUUAAAACAUGAUGGAAAAAAUAAGAGAAGACCAGUCAUUUGCAUGGAAUAGCCUGGCGCAUCCAGCAUACAAAUCUCUGUCCUUCAGAUUGACUUCAUCAUUAACAGCAGAAGCAAGUUCGUAUGUGGACUAUACCUGUCAACAGAUUAUACAGCUUUUCAAAAACUCAAUUGGGAUGAAAAUAGAAAAUUGUUAAGGUUUGAUGUUCUGGCUCCUUCUGGUAAAUUCCUGCCAAAAUCAUUCAGAAAUUCCAACUUGUAGAAUUUAUUUUAUUCUUUAUUUGCAAAUCAUAGAAGAUGUAUCAUAAUUUAUACUUCAGAAUUUUUCAUUCCAGGAUUUUAAAGAGCCUUUUCAAUGUUUUUACAGGUAUUUUUAUAACUUCCUUGUGGAGAGAUAAUAGAAAUAAUUCUUAAUAGAAAAAAUUUGAAGCAAAGUUACUGUUAUACAUAGAUUAUACUAUGUUCUUUGUGUGUUAGCCUUAAAUCCUUCAUUUGGACACUUUGCCAACAGCCACAAUUUAAACAAGAGAAUUGAGGGGUGUAUCCUUGCCUCCAGUGGAGUAGAGUAUGAGCCGAUAAAAUCCUUGCUCUUCUCUUGUAACUGAAAGCAGUUAAGAGACUUCCAGAGAAAUAGGAAGUGCCAUCCAAAGACAUUUAGAUAUUGUGUGUGAUGAAAAUGAUUAGUGAGGGCAGAUACUAAUAAUGAUGCGUCAGCCAGUUGAAUUCAAACUAAAGGGAAGAACCAAGUUCUGUUGUUUGAUAAAUUUUAACCCUUUAUAAAAACAUUUUCCUGUUCGACAUCAACUCAUUUUUAUGUAAACAUUAGAAUAAAGCUUAUCUUUGAAUACAAAAAAAAAA